CUGGGACGAUGUGCCUGAUACACCCGUCACCAUUUACCAACCCUCGGAGGUCUCUUCUGAUUUGAGAGAGGUGUUCCCCAAGCAUUCCAAUCGGAGGGAGAAAGGCAGCGAUGACGGCCUUCGUGACGUUGGAAGACUCCCCAAUGUUCAGAAAGCAGAUUUAUUCAUUGGAGCAAACGACUGAUGAAUUAAAAGAUCGAUGUCACAAGUUUCACAAAGGAUGUAAGAGAUUUAUGGUAUCACUUGGUGAAGCCUAUUAUGGUGACCUUUCCUUUGCAGACUCAUUGGAAGCAUUUGGGGCUGGACAAGAUGAUCCUGUUAGUGUAGCCAUAGGAGGACCUGUAAUGUCAAAAUUCACUACUGCAUUUAGGGAACUUGGGAGUUAUAAAGAGCUUCUUCGCUCUCAGGUAGAACAUAUGCUGAGUAACCGUCUGAUGCAAUUCAUGAAUGUGGAUCUGCAAAAUGUAAAGGACUGUCGCAGGCGAUUUGACAAAGCUACAGCAGGGUAUGAUCAGGCACGUGAGAAAUUUAUGUCAUUAAAAAAGGGCACACGAGUAGACAUAGUUGCUGAAUUAGAAGAGAAUUUGCAGAACUCAAAGUCAGCUUUUGAAAGAUGUCGGUUUAAUCUAGUUAAUGCUCUUGCAAAUAUUGAAGCAAAGAAAAAGUUUGAAUUCCUAGAAUCUAUAAGUGCAGUAAUGGAUGCCAAUAUGAGAUACUUUAAGCAGGGAUAUGAGUUACUGAGCCAGAUGGAACCAUUUAUUCACCAGGUUUUGACAUACACUCAACAGUCAAAAGAAAUGAUUAAUGUUGAGCAAGACAAACUUGAAAAGAGAAUCCAGGAGUUCAGAACCCAAAGCGAACUUGCAAAUUUAAGGUCCUCCAGCAAUAUGCAGGCCACAACAAGUGGUGAUGGUAUUAAUGUAAUUGGUCUCAAUUCAUACAAAAAUAUAGAAGCCUUGAUGCAAUCUACUGCUAAUGGAGAGGUUCAAAUAAUUAAGCAAGGUUAUCUCCUUAAGCGAUCUUCAAAUUUGAGAGGAGAUUGGAAGCGGAGAUUUUUUGUACUUGAUAGCCAUGGGACUUUGUACUACUACAGAGAUAAGUGGAGUAAACAGCCGGGUGGUGAGAACAUUGGUUUUCACACUGUUGAUCUUCGAACUUCAACCAUUAAGAUAGAUGCAGAGCAGACAGAUUUGAGGUUCUGCUUCAGAAUAAUAUCUCCUGCAAAGACAUUCACGUUGCAGGCUGAAAAUGAAGUGGAUAGAAUGGACUGGGUUGAAAAAAUUAGAGGAGUUAUUACAUCACUUCUAAAUUCUACUUUAUCUAAUCAGCUUUCAUCUGGCGGCUUGGACAUGGAUGGUCACAGCUUUGCUGAUGCAAAUGGUGUUGAUGCUCAUUUGUUAGAGGAGAGCACAAAUACAAAAGGAUAUGAUAAUAUUUCGAAGAUUCUCAGGAGUAUACCUGGGAAUGAUGCUUGUGCUGAAUGUGGUGCUCCUGAUCCUGAUUGGGCAUCUCUAAAUCUGGGAAUUCUUGUGUGCAUAGAGUGCUCUGGAGUUCACAGAAAUCUUGGUGUUCACAUUUCGAAGGUGAGAUCACUGACAUUAGAUGUUAAGGUGUGGGAGCCAGCUGUUGUGGAUUUAUUUUGUGCUCUUGGAAAUGCUUAUUGUAAUUCUGUGUGGGAGGAAUUGCUUCUCUUUCAGGAUCAAAGGAUUGAUGUACCAAAUGUUGAUGGGCCAUCUGUCAAAAAGCCCACUCCCAAAGAUGCUAUUUCAAGAAAGGAAAAAUAUAUACAUUCCAAGUAUGUGGGCAAAUCUCUAAUAGUCAGAGAAACAAGCCAGUCUGAACUUCCUCUCAUUACAGUUCGCAUUUGGGAAGCAAUCAAAACUAAUAAUGUUCAAAUAGCAUAUCGUCUCUUUGUGGCAUCAGAUGCCUUUCCUAACACCAUAUAUGAUGAGGUGAAUAGUGAGCUUUAUCACAUAUCAGAUACACCCGUGAACAGAAAUAAUGGUUCCACAGAGAGGAAACAAUUUGAUCCUGCAUUAUGUCAGAAAAUCAAGGAUUCUGGUGAACCAGAGAGCUGUUUGGAUGGUUGUUCCCUAUUGCAUAUAGCAUGUCAUGUUGGUGAUCCCGUCAUGUUGGAGCUCCUGCUACAGUUUGGUGCUGACAUUAAUUUCCAGGAUUUUCAUGGGAGAACCCCUCUCCAUCAUUGUAUUUGCACAAAGAAUAAUUCUCUUGCUAAAUAUUUGAUAAGAAGGGGUGCAAGCACAUCUGCUAAAGAUGGUGGUGGCUUCACUGCUUUAGAAAGAGCGAUGGAGCUUGGAGCAAUUACCGAUGAAGAACUUUUUAUAUUGCUUGCUGGUCGCUAGUGAUGCAAGCAGCUGUUGUCCCUAGAGUUGAUCUUGUCAAUGCAGAAACAUAUUCCUUUACCAGCAUUUUGGAGCUGCCAGAUGGUAUACUUGUUGGUCGUUAUCCGAUUGUAUGUUCGAGGAUGGAGCACAGCACCUCAGCGAGAGAGGCUGUGGUACGCCAAUAGCCGGUCCUCGGUUCUCCAAAAUGUACUUGAAUUCAUGCAGCAAAAUAGGACUCUGAUAAGAAGUGAAUCCUAUGUCUUGGGUGAUUGAAGUUUGCAAUUCCCUGUCGAUGUAUUAUGUCUUCUGUUUCAUAUUUAUUGGAGAAAGGAACUGUUCUAAGAUUCUAUUUCAUGUGGUCAAACGCCAUGUACGAUCGGAUGGUAAACGAUGCUAUGAACAACAAUAUCAUUCUUCACAUUUUUCCUUC